AUGGGGCCUUCACUCUCAGGUGUUUCAACAACUGAUUCACCGAUGGGGCUGUCCGCAAAUAGACCUGAUGGUUUUUCAUCUCAACAAGAAGCUCCGUUGUUACUGUUCCAGAACGAGGGACACGCAGGCAAUAGUGGUGAACGCUCUGACGACACAGUGGACUUAACAGUUCGUGUACUUGUUGCCUCCAAUUCCUCUCAUUCCAAGAGUUCUAAAAAGACUCAAAAAGGAAAGAGUUCAGUACGCCAGAGAAGCAGCACAUCCAGGCCACAGCCAACCCUGCCUAGAGCUGAUGAUGGUGGUAAUGCAGGUUCUUCGUCUGCUCCACGCACACAAAGGCCACAAUCACAGGCCAGCCUUACUGUGGCUACAAGGCCACCCAAGAGGCCCCGUAUCCAGGCUCCUACUGCUGCUGCUGCUCCUGCACCAGCAUCACCCCCCCAAAGGCGCAUCUCUGCAGUGGCUGCGGUGCCACCACUGGCACUUUUGGCAAGCCCCCUAAGUGUAGAUCCACAUUCCCCACAGUUGUCUGAUCCGGCCAUCAUGAGUGACGAGGGCCAGCAGUCCCAUGGCCAGGAGACGUAUACUCUACACCUGCAGCCCAUCGACCAAACACAGGCAAACAUGACUGAGGACAAUCCAGUCCAACCGCAAGCUUCUCAGACUCAACAAAUGACCUCAACACCAGGGACAAGCCAAAUUCCGCCUGAGUUUUGGUCAAGUUGGGCCGCACAACAGGCACACCACUCUGCGUGUCUCAACACCCAAACACAACACCUGUCUAGUUUGCCCCAUCAUUUGCCUAAAGUUAGCCGCAACUCUGCCAGACUCAUCGUGCAGGUAGGGCGGAUAGCAAACACAAUGGAGCAGAUGAGGGCAGACAAUUCUCAAAUGCAGGCAACCCAUCAGCGCAUCAUGGAUGAGCAACUGCGCCAACACCAAACCCUCAUACAGAUUAUCCAGCAUAAUCAAGUCAUAAAUGACAAUUUGUCGCGAACCCUUGCCAACAAUACAGCUGCUUAUACCCAGCUAACGGCCAGUUUAAAUAUUUUGAGCCAAAAUUUUAGUGCAAUGGCACAACAACAUGUGGCCACAAGCUCAAGCACAACAACCCCUAGCCAAACACCAGUACAAUCACCAGUUCGACGAUCAAGUCGAAGCCGCACCCACGAACAACCACAAGCCUCUGCACCCAGCACCCAAAAAAAGAAAAGAUAAUCUGUACUGCACAUCAUAUGCUGGCCAGUUGCAAGUAAAAUAUAUGUGUUCUGAAUAUAUUGUUCAGUAUUUUUCAAUAAAUUAUCUAAUCAAAAUAUGUG